AUGUUGAAUGUCAUUUAUUGGAGCUCAGAAAACGCCUCGUUAGAGUUUUUAAGCCCGUGCGUCCCCUCCUGCUCCUCCUUUCGACCUUGGAGCCCCGGCCCCGGCCCCCUCCCGCGCUCCGCUCCGCGGCGGUCGCUGGAGCAACCUGCUCGCACGCGUGGGAGGAGUGAUGGGGAACGGGGCGGCGUGGCGGGGAAGCAACCCAAAUCCCGGCUUUCUCAGGGUGGAUCUUUGCUACUUGUGCAAUCCUCACUUUCGGGAGAAACCCGGUCGUUUGAGCGGGGGUUUUCUUUGAGACUGGGGUUCCCCUCAGAAAGAGGAGAGGAAUGUCCUGCCCCCUCGGCGAGGGUGUGGCCCUUCACAAGCACGGAGGACGUGCCCGGCGGGAAGCCCUCUCCUCGCAGCGGCGGGGCGCCACGGGCGAAGCUGCGGCGAUGGAUCCGUCCCUGUUCCUGCUUCUCCUCAUACUUCUCCCCCGGGUUUUUCCGCUGCUGGAACCUCUUUCCAGAAGUAAGUUUCAAAAUACGGAAUACUGUGUUAGAAAUUAGAAUAAUUCAGAGUACCAAGACUGGGGUACUCAAAGAUCGUGCUGUGGUGACCUUUAAGUGUACCACUUACAGCGCAUCUAUAGUGAAGAAUGGCACCCUGUUACGGGAGCUCUAUACUAGCAUCUUCUUAAUAUAUAAUGAAGAUCACAAGCGCUGUGUACUGGCUCUAAGUUCAAAUUCAGUGACUACUGCUCCUUGCGUUCAAGAAAAUGAAUCACAGAAAUUCAGGUGGGUCUCAGAUCACCAGCUUAUGAACAUAGCGUUCAAAUUGUGCUUGGGAGUGCCUUCGAAGAAAGACUGGGUUCCGAUCACUCUGUAUCCUUGUGACAAGGCUAGUGAACUUCAGCGAUGGGAAUGCAGAAAUGAGACUCUCUUUGCAAUCCAAGGGGAAGAUUUGUUUUUCAACUAUGGAAACAGACAGGAAAGGAAUAUUAUGCUGUACAAGGGAUCUGGUUUGUGGAGUAGGUGGAAAGUCUACGGAACCACAGACGAUCUGUGUACUCGAGGCUAUGAAGAUACCUACACAUUGAAAGGAAAUGGCAAUGGAGCACCUUGCGUAUUCCCUUUUAAGUUUGGUGGUAAAUGGUAUGCUGACUGCACAGAUGCUGGCAGAUCAGAUGGCUGGUUCUGGUGUGGAACCACUUCAGACUUCGAUGUUGACAAGUUAUAUGGAUUUUGCCCAUUGAAAUUUAAUAGUGUUGAUUUGUUGUGGAAUACUGAUCCUUUAACAAAUGUCCAGUACCAGAUAAACACUGAGGCAGCUCUGAAGUGGCACCAGGCAAGAAAAAGUUGUCAACAACAGAAGGCAGAGUUAUUAAGCAUCACAGAGUUGCAUGAACAAACAUACCUGACAGGUUUGACUGGCAGUCUGAGUUCUGCUCUCUGGUUUGGUCUUAACAGUUUGAACUUCAACAGUGGAUGGCAAUGGGUUGGUGGUGCUCCUUUUCGGUACUUAAAUUGGGUUCCAGGACAUCCUUCUCCAGAACCUGGAAAAAUCUGUGCAGCAUUAAAUCCUGGCAAAGGUGCUAAGUGGGAGAAUCGGGAAUGUGAUCAGAAGCUUGGCUAUAUUUGUAAACGAGGAAACGCUACUUUAGAAUCUUUCAUUAUUCCUACAGAGACUAAUGUGCCAAUUAGAUGUCCUGAUCAAUGGACAUCAUAUGCUGGUCACUGUUACAUAAUUCACAGGGACCCCAAAAUAUGGAAAGAUGCUGUAACAUCUUGCAGAAAAGAGGAUGGAGAUCUGGCAAGCAUCCAUAAUGUUGAAGAGUACAGCUUUGUUAUUUCUCAGCUUGG